UGGGCCAAGUUCAGAUAUACCUACAGGGAGCCUUUCGCUGAAUUCCUAGGAUGCGCCAUCCUCAUGACGUUUGGAGACGGAAUCAACGUGCAGGCAUUGCAAGGAAGCUACCUCUCCGUGUCCUUCGGCUGGGGUAUCGCUGUUUGCAUGGCCGUCUACGUGUGCGGAGGAGUCUCCGGCCACAUCAAUCCUGCCGUUACUCUCUCGCUCGCUCUGUUCCGCAAGUUCCCCUGGAAAAAAGUGCCCGGCUACAUCUUCGCUCAGAUUUCCGGCGCUACCCUCGGCGCGUUGAUGAUUUACGGGCUGUACCACGUACCGGUGAAUAUCAUCGACCCCGCAAAGACGGAAGCAACAGCUCAGUACUUCACGACGUACCCUGCCGAAUUCAUUCGAUCAAGCGGGACACGCCUGGUCGGCAUCUACAACGAGAUUUACGCCACUGCGGUCGUCCUCAUCGUCAUUCUGGCGAUCAAUGACGGGUCAAACACUCCUCCUCCUGAUGGAAUGGCUCCCAUCGUCUUGCUCUGGCUCAUCACGGGUAUUGGUGCCACACUCGGAUGGCAGACUGCCUAUGCCGUUAACCCGGCUCGUGACCUUGGACCCCGUAUCGCACUCAGCAUCGUCGGCUACAGAGACCUAUGGGGCAACGGUCCGCAAGGUUUACUCUAUUGGCUCUACACACCCUGCCUCGGGCCCCUCAUCGGUGGGCCGCUCGGCUGCCUCAUCUACGACGCUCUCAUCUACACGGGAUCAGAGUCGCCUCUCAAUAGG